CGAGGUUGGACCAAGAAUGGAAAUCGCAGUCGGCGGACGGAGCUCGCAGCUCGUCGCUUCGUUGUAAGCUCCGACUCCGAGCCUCCGAGCAGUCGUUCGUUGAAGAAGCUAGCUGCUCCUUCCUCCUAGUAUAAAGGAGCCUCCUUUUUUCCUUUGCCGUGCCGCGCCGUCCCGUCCAUUCUGCUUCCGAGCCUUCCUUCUCCCCCCCUUUCGCCGCCGCCGCCGCGUGGUUGGGUGGGUGUGUGCUGUGCUGUUUGUUCCAACAUCACCGGAGCGCAGCGCAGCGCAGCGAGCAGCCGAGGAGCGGAGCCGGAGAUGAGGUGGGCGGCGUUCCUGUGGGAAGGCGCGUCCCGGGCGUCCGGCGGCCGCCGCCCGGGGGUCUCCAACCUCCUCCUCGUCGUCGCAGCUGCCAGUAGCGGUGGCCUCGUUGCCUAUGCCGACUCCGGAUCAGAUGCUGCUGUUGAGAAGCCGCAACUUCCUCCAAGGAAAAAAGUUGUGGUGCUUGGGACUGGUUGGGGCGGCACCACAUUCCUGAGGAAUCUCGAUAGCAGGUUGUACGAUGUGCAGGUUAUAUCUCCUCGGAACUACUUUGCGUUUACGCCACUGCUCCCGAGUGUCACUUCUGGAACAGUUGAGCCUAGGAGCAUUGUUGAGCCAAUCCGUAGGAUCUUGGAGAAGAAAGGUGGAGAAAUCAAAUUUUGGGAAGCAGAGUGCUUCAAGAUUGAUCCACAAAGCAAGAAAAUCCAUUGUCGCUCGAAUGUUGGGACAAAUCUUGAGGGGAAUGGCGAGUUCUCGGUUGACUAUGACUAUCUCGUGGUAGCAGUUGGAGCUAGGACAAAUACAUUCAAUACUCCUGGCGUGGUAGAGAAUUGCCACUUCUUGAAGGAAGUAGAGGAUGCUCAAAAGAUCAGACGGAGUGUGAUGGACUGCUUUGAGAGAGCAAGCCUCCCCUUCCUGAAUGAAGAAGAGAGGAAGAAGAAUCUUCAUUUCGUGGUUGUGGGUGGUGGACCUACUGGAGUGGAAUUUGCAGCAUCUCUGCAUGAUUUUGUUACCGAAGAUUUAUCCAAGCUUUAUCCCUCGGUUCAGCACCUUGUCAAGAUAUCACUGAUCGAAGCUGCAGAUCACAUACUGACCAUGUUUGACAAGAGGAUAACUAACUUUGCUGAGGAUAAGUUUGGAAGGGACGGUAUUGAUGUGAAAACAGGAUACAAAGUUGUGAAGGUUUCUAAGGAUGAUAUUACCAUGCAAAAUCCUGCCACUGGGGAUAUUUCAGUUCCUUAUGGCAUGGCUGUCUGGUCAACUGGUAUUGGAACUCGUCCAUUCGUUGUGGAAUUUAUGAAACAAAUUGGCCAGGCCAAUCGGCGUGUCUUAGCUACUGAUGAAUGGCUAAGGGUCCGUGAAUGUGAUGGCGUCUAUGCAAUAGGUGACUGUGCUACAAUAAACCAGAGGAAAGUAAUGGAGGACAUUUCAGAAAUAUUCAGAGUUGCAGAUAAGGAUAAGUCUGGAACCUUGACUGUGAAAGAAAUUCAAGAUAUCCUGGAUGAUAUUUACGUGAGAUACCCACAAGUACAGCUCUACCUUAAGAGCAAGCAGAUGAACGGCAUCGCUGAUCUAGUAAGGAGUGCCAAAGGAGACGCUGAAAAGGAAUCCAUGGAACUGAACAUCGAGGAAUUCAAGAAGGCUCUUGCACUCGUGGAUUCGCAAGUCAAAUUCUUACCUGCAACUGCUCAGGUCGCAUCCCAGCAGGGCCAAUAUCUUGCUAGGUGCUUUAACAAGAUGAAGGAUGCUGAAGAAAACCCUGAAGGUCCAAUCCGCAUCAGGGGAGAAGGCCGCCAUCGCUUCCGCCCUUUCAGGUACCGGCAUCUGGGCCAAUUCGCCCCACUAGGAGGGGAGCAAACUGCUGCACAGCUUCCCGGGGACUGGAUCUCCAUUGGCCACAGCACCCAGUGGCUCUGGUACUCCGUGUAUGCAACCAAACAAAUCAGUUGGCGCACGAGGAUGCUGGUGGUAUCUGACUGGACGCGCAGAUUCAUCUUCGGAAGAGACUCGAGUUGCAUAUAGUCAAGAGAAGGAAAAGAUUUUGCUGUGACAUAUAAUAUAUAUAUAUUCAGAUGAACGGGGCCAGUAGAGCCUCUUCCCACUUUUUUUUAGUCUGAUUUCACAUAAAUGUUCUUUUUUUGUUAAGGGAAGAAUGCGAGUUCCCUUGCACUUUGUAUAGUGCACCACGAAGAAAUUCCUUUGUACCUACCUUUUUCUGGAGAGAGUUGUACUGCACUUUUGCGGCCUGAGUAACUCAGAUUCUUUUAAUAGCUAUUUUUUUACCACUAAGAUGUGAUAUGCAAAAGGGUCAGUUCGGACCUGAUUUUGUUGUGUUAAA